AUUUUGACCAUCACAGCUGAUUUGGCUAAGGAAGAGGACACUGUUGGACUGGUGGAGAAAACUUUGGCCAGAUUUUCAAGGCUUGACAUCCUGAUUGCAAAUGCUGGGAUUUGUCCUCCUGCAUACUUGGCAAACACAACAAUGGACCUCUAUGAUGAAGUCAUGAAUGUGAACCUGAGGUCUGUGUUUUUGCUUCUGAAAGUCGCCAUGCCCCAUUUGGAAGCUACCAAGGGUAGUGCAGUGGUGGUCUCCAGGCGAUGUUGUCAUUGGACUGUCAUCCUUCAAAAGUUCCCAUCCAUGGUGGCCUACUGUGUAAGCAAAGCAGGACUGGACCAUUUGGUGAGAUGCUGUGCUUUGGAUGUUGCCAGGAAAGGAAUUAGGGUCAAUGGUGUCAAUCCUGGAGCAAUUUGGACUGAUGCCUACAAAAAGUACAACAUAAUUGGUGCCAACCCCACACCUGAUGAU